GCACAACGAGGAAAGAAAACAGAAGAGAAAGAGGCAGAAGUAAGGGAGGAAAGUUCUGCUCCUCUGUGACCAAGACAUUUCAGAGUUACGGUGGAUCCCAGUAGCAGCUGAGAUGGCCGCUGCACCAAAAGAGGCAGCAAACGUUAUUGCCUUGGAGGAAAUCCACAUGGAGGGACAAGAACCCCCCAAAGGGCAGAAGACAUUUACAGUGGAAGAAGCUGUGGAAACCAUUGGGUUUGGGAGGUUCCACAUUGCACUUUUUCUCAUCAUGGGAAGCACUGGGGUGGCUGAAGCCAUGGAGAUCAUGCUGAUAGCUGUUGUGUCCCCUCUCAUCCGAUGUGAGUGGCAGCUUCAAGACUGGCAGGUGGCUCUUGUGACAACAAUGGUGUUUUUUGGCUACAUGGUCUUCAGCAUAGUGCUUGGGCUCCUGGCUGACCAAUAUGGCCGCUGGAAGAUUCUGCUGCUCUCCUUCCUCUGGGGAGCCUAUUUCUCCCUGCUGACCUCAUUUGCCCCCUCCUACGUCUGGUUCGUCUUCCUGAGGACCAUGGUGGGAGGUGGUGUAUCAGGCCACGCACAAGGGCUUAUCAUAAAAACAGAAUUUCUGCCUACCAAGUACCGAGGAUACAUGCUGCCCUUAUCUCAGGUGUUCUGGUUGGCAGGAUCCUUGUUGAUCAUUGGCCUGGCAUCAGUGGUGAACCCAACCGUUGGCUGGCGGUGGCUGAUCAGAAUCGCCUCCAUUCCUGGCAUCAUUCUCAUCAUGGUUUUCAAGUUCAUACCUGAGUCAGCACGUUACAAUGUGUCCACGGGGAAUAAUGCGGCUGCCCUGGCCACGCUGCAGAGGAUAGCCAAGAUGAACCGGGCAGCGAUGCCAGAGGGAGUGCUGCAGGAACCUCCCAAGGAAAGAAGAGGAAGAUUCAGAGACCUCCUCCACCCCAAGUACUUAAGAACCACUCUGCAGAUAUGGAUCAUAUGGCUUGGCAUAGCUUUUGCUUACUACGGAGUCAUCUUGGCCAGUGCUGAGCUGCUGGAGCGGGACCUGGGCUGCACCUCAAGGACACCUCUGAGCGAGAGCCCUGGCCCUGUCUCAGAGGAGAGCCGCAGCCCCUGCUACUGCCGCCCCUUUGGCCCUUCUGCCUACCGGACCAUGAUCAUCAGCACCGCGGGGGAGAUCGCAUUAAAUCCCCUGAACAUUCUCGGCAUCAAUUUCCUCGGCAGGCGCCUGAGCCUGUGCAUCACCAUGGGAUGUACGGCACUGUUCUUUCUUCUCCUCAACAUCUGCACAUCCAGUGCAGGCGUGACCGGCUUUCUCUUCAUGCUGCGAGCCUUGGUUUCAGCAAACUUCAACACCAUCUACAUUUACACUGCAGAGGUUUAUCCCACCACAAUGCGAGCCUUGGGGAUGGGAACCAGUGGGUCACUGUGCCGUGUUGGAGCUAUGGUGGCACCAUUCAUAUCACAAGUUCUUAUGAGUGCAUCUUUCCUUGGGGCCCUGUGUCUUUUCUCAUCUGUGUGUGUUGUGUGUGCAAUCUCUGCCUUCACGCUACCCAUUGAGACCAAGGGCAGGGCACUGCAGCAAGUAAAAUGAAAGCGUUUGAUGUUGGAUUGGGUACAAAAGAAAAAGAAACCUUUGGAAUCCAUCAUUUCCUGUGAGCCACAUUUGAUGUUGAUUGCUUCUCCAUACCAUUUCCAUUAUAUAAAAAUGGAACCGAUCAGUGUAAGAGCUAUGAUUUGCAUAGACCAAGGGUAGCUUCCUCAAGUAGAUUCCCCUUCUUACGAUUCAAUAAAAAUGUUUUCUAUCCAUGUC